UGUUGCGUAUUCCCGUAAUGCUGGGUCGACGAAAUACUGGGUCGGAGUCGCCAGAGUACUGUACUGCACUCUGAAAGAGAGAACGGACCAAGGAGGAUUAAAUGACACGAGGGUGGCGUGGAGAGAUGGGAAGAGACGACCGAAGUUGGUGAUGUGAUUGUGAAUGAAUGGCCUUGAUGUUCGUCCUUGUUAGAAUUAAAGACGAGCAAGCAACCCGCUUUCGACCUCUUCUCUGCCCUUUGGCCCCCCCCGUUGCUGCUGCUGCUGCUGUUGCUGUCGAUAUUUCUGCUGCGGCUAGCUUCUCCGCUGGUACUGACAGUAGCGUGUGCUGAGCGAUUUGCUACCUAUGUAGGCUGCUGGGAUGGCUGCUCAGGGCUGGUUUUAGCGGCCUCCAGUGGUCUGCGCUGGGUGCUGACACAACCUCGUCUCCAACCUGGUCGUGUUUCAAGCCGCUGAAAAGGUGCAAGUGCCUCUGACCUGCAUCACCAAACUCCCCCCAAUCCUGGCUGGGAAUCCGCCCGCACUGCACACCAGCUGCACCGACGUGCCUGGUCACAGACAAGACGCGCGCCAGGUGAAAAUCAACGGCGACCGAGGGCGAAAGUGACAAGUGAGAGCUGCUGCUGCUGGGUUCAAUGGGGUGAGAGGAGAGAAGCAGGCAAGCCGAGUCGGGUCGAUCGAGGGAUGGAUGGGAAGCAGGAGAUGUGAGUAUGUUACAGUACAAUAGUAACCAUACAGUACCGAGGAACGGAACGUGCAAGUAUUUCCAGAUUCGCGCAUUCAUCCAAACGAGCAUGGACAUUGGGGGAG